AUGAAAUACUUAGGAAAUAAGUGGUUAAUAACUGAUUUUAUUAAUUCCAAAAAUAUCAUUGCUUUUAAUAAUCUAGUAUUUUCCGGUAAUAGCCAUUCGGUGUUGUCAGAAAUUCAAACCAAUAAUAAAUACAAUCCGCAUUUCCAUUAUGGUGACCAUCUAUUAUACUUUAAUCCUGUAAAUAUCGAACAAGAUGCAGAUGGAUAUUACUCAUAUUUAUCACCCUCAAAAAAUUUUUUUAGUGACAAAGAAGAUAUCAUUGGAUAUUCCGGCUAUAAAAGAAGGAUGUGGACACAAGGAAAGAUUACUUUCCCUCAACCACUGCCAUCACAACUGAAUUUUGAGAUGAAUAAAACCUAUCAGUGUUUAGAGAAAAUAAAGUAUGUUAAAAUUUUGGCAAAUAAUGCUUUUAUCAACAUUGAAAGAGAAAUAUAUCCUUGCCUAAAUGAUUCCAGCUUUAAACCUAGUAUACAGAAAUUAACUGAUGACGAGUAUAAUUCUUUAAGUACCAAGAAUGUAAAUAACAUGGUGGUUAAAGAAACAAGAAUGUUGAUGUACACAAAUGAACUUUAUAACAGCAAUUGCAACAACUAUACAAAUAGGAUCUGCGGUACAAACGAAAAGCUUUUGACAAGUCCACAAAGUAUCAGAAAAUAUAGUGAAAUAACAAACAAUCCACAUAGGAUACAUUUGGACGCUCAAUAUUGCUGGCUGGAGGAGAAGUUACCCGAUGUGAUAAUGCAUGGUCCAUUUUCGAUACAAUUAAUACUUCGAAAUUUUAUUGCUUGCCAUCCUAAUUUAAAUAUUAAGUCAAUCGAUUACAAAAACAGAAAUCCAAUAUUUGCAAAUGCGAAUAUAUCUUUUGAGAUUAAGCCCGUACCUAAUCGGUCUAAUAUUUAUCAAAGUAAUAUAAUAAACACUUUGGAUAGUCAGAUAUUAGUAGAGUCUAAAAUUCAUGUUGAAAAGAAUCCUUGUGUAUAA